AUGAAUGGCGUCAUAGCAGCAGCAGCAGCAGCACUGAGUUAUGUAAGACGAGCAGAAAAAGAAAGAGAAAAAUUAAAAUUAAAAUUAAUUCCAUUCAUUUGGCACAGGAGUUUUAAUUUCCUUCAACUACUCGUCUUUUGUUAUAGAAAAUAUCAUUCAGCUAAGACAACGAAGGUUCAUUUUCUGCUCAAGCUUAGUCAUAAUCGAUUAAUGUUGCGAAAAAAUAAAAAAGAGAAGCACAGAUGUGACAUCGUUUGCAGUCUUAAUGAAAUCAAAUGUUCAACGAAUGUUCGACAGACUCGAACUUGCUUUGCUUUUGUUAUUAAACUAAACGAUUCCCAGGUUAAAAAUGAUGGAGAAAAAAGUAACAGAGUUAAGAGCAAAUGUGAAAUAUCAUGGUAG